AAAGUUCAAGUUCACUGAACGGCUUCCUGCUGUACAGUAUACUGGAUUGAUGAUGGUGUAAACAAAUAUUUAUUAACAUGUGUCACAUUACCACUCAUAACAACAUAUAUGACGUUUAACAUGUUUGUAUGAGCUAGAGUUUCAUUGUUUGGUAUCAUAUUACACUCACACCAGUAACAAAACUUUAACAUCCGGAUAAAAUCGUUUUCUCGUGUAAACUUCUUUAUGACUUCUACUUAAAUCAUGGGGAAGGACAUCGACGAAAUUAAGGACGAGUGUGCUAAACUAUCACGGCGUGUCAAAGAAUUGUACGAUAGAUAUCACAAUCUUUAUAAGGUCGUCCUACGCCUAGCGGACACCUUCGAAACUAGCAAGGGACGUUUCGUGCUUACGAGGAACAAUGAACUCAAAGCCAUGAUCAAGGCAUGCGUCACUGAUCAAGUAUUAGAUGCUGCCGCCAAUCGGACGAACGAUGAGUCGAUAGAUGAGAAAAGAGUCAGUAGCGGUAGGACAUCUCGAUUGUUGCAACUUACAGAGAGUUAUUCAAAGUUGUCGACAGGACUAAAAGAAUUCGAAGCUGAAAGAAGCGACAUUGAAGGACUGAACAAGAACGAUUUGGCAAAGCUUAUUAAUGAGCGAAAAAAACAGAAAUCCGAACUUGAAGAAAAAUUCAUUCGACUCCAUGAAAAUCUGCUGAGACUUAAACGUGACUAUGACUACUCCAAGCGGUUUCUGCCCGUCAAGCGCUACGGUUUCCUGAAGGAUAUGGUCAAGCCAGUUAUACGCAAUGAGAGACUAAAAGAGACCUACACCGCUUAAACUGCGAAGUUCGAAUUUACCAUCUAUUGUUGAAUCAAAACAUAUUUUGUAUUCGAUAUUCAUAGUUAAGAUGUUGCUUAAUUAGAUUGAAAAUAAAUUGCAGAUCAGAAUUAACUAAGUUUUAAUAGUAUUAUGUAUGAUUUAUAACCUUAUAUAUAUUAAUAUAAUACUUUCAUAAUGUGUUCUGUUUUAUUGUGUGUUUUUAACUUGAACCACGGUUAUGAGAAUUACAUGAUAAAAUAUUUGUUCAACAGUACGCGAAAGCUUAUAAUUUUGAAAUUUCGCGGCGUCUAUGAUGUUGGAGUUAAACUAAUAUGUUUUCCAUGUUGCCUUUAGCGUUUAAAACACCAACAUGAUUCGAAUUGACCGUUCCAAAAAGUCGACAUCUGCAUUAAGAACUGUUUAUGUUAACUGUUAACUAUUAUUAAUUAUCGUGUACUGUAUAGACCAUUGAUCACUAGCCUACAUACUGUAAACAUGUUUGCUACAUGUGUUACAUUACUCGUACUAGCACUGUUGUUCGUUCGACGCUGCGCAUGUUUUGCUGGUAUACACCUUACAAAUUAAUUGUGAUGAUAGCAGUAUACACUCUUAAAGAGCUGUUGCAUGUGCUUGAAUUUAAUGUAGUUAAAUUCGUUAGCUUUAGUGCCUUUCAUUUAUCAAGAUUCAUUUGUUGUUGAGUAUGUUUUUGGUUGUUGAAUUUGCAUAUAAAAAAUAUGGUUUUA